UUAUCAUCUCCAUUCAUCCCCCCACCGUCUUCCAACACUGUCCCCUAAAACAACGGCACAGUUUCGUCGCAUCCCCAAGUCCCCAAACUUAACCAGUGGCAAUCACCGUAAAUACCCCCUCUUCCAGGGUCAUCUUCUCAAUCCCCAUCGUCCUCCUUUUUCAGCGCCGCUUCUUCUUCAAUUUUGACCCUCUGAAGAAACCCUUUUUUUUAAUUCAAUUUUAAUUUCAAUUAAUCUCCCUGAGUUAAACAAUUUGAAGCUUUAAUUAUAUUAUUAAUAUGAGUAUUAGUUAAUCUAUUCUUUUUUGUUUUUGAUUUGAAUUUCUAAUUUGAAAACUCGUUCGUUAAUUUCUUUCAAUUGGGUAUUUGUUUUCAGUUUUGUUAGGUUAAAAAGCUGUAAACUUGGAUUCUGGGUAGUUUAUUGUAUAUAUUCUGUUAUAAAGAUCUUUAAUCUAUUAAUCUCUGGUUAAUUAAUUUGUUUAAAUUAUGAUAGAAGAAAAGCCAAAUUCAAAUAAUUUACAAGGUUUAAUGUAUAGUUCAGAGGCAAUGGAUAAUAAUAAUAUGCAUAAUUCUCAUUUGGUAGUUGAAGAGGAGGAGGAGGAGGAAGAUGAUGAUGUGGGUGUGGGUGGUGAGGAGUCUAUAGAUGACCCUAAUAUUCACUAUGAAAAUGGUGGUAAUGGGAAUGUUGGUGUGAAUGGUAUAGAGGAGGGUGAUGCAAUUCAGAUUGGUGGUGGUGGUGGUGAUCCUGAUUUUGCUGGAAAUGGUGUUGUUGCUAAUGCUGAUCAGCUUACUCUUUCUUUCCAGGGUGAGGUUUUUGUUUUUGAAGCUGUUUCUCCUGACAAGGUGCAGGCCGUGCUGUUACUUUUAGGCGGAUAUGAAAUCCCUUCUGGUAUUCCUACCUCAGGGACAGUCCCAUUUAACCAGAGGGCAUCAACUGAUUUGUCUGGAAGAUCGACCCAACCUCAUAGAGCGGCUUCUUUACGUCGGUUCAGGGAGAAGAGAAAAGAGCGUUGUUUUGAUAAGAAAAUCCGUUACACAGUUCGGAAAGAAGUUGCACUUAGGAUGCAGCGUAAGAAGGGACAAUUUACUUCAAACAAGGCUAUUUCUGAUGAAUUAGGCUCAGCUUCUUCUGUUUGGAAUGGAUCACAGGGUUCUGGGCAAGAUGAUAGCAUGAUCGAAACUAUAUGCAUGCACUGCGGAAUCAGUUCGAAGUCAACUCCAAUGAUGCGUCGGGGACCAGCUGGUCCAAGAACCCUUUGUAAUGCAUGUGGUCUCAAGUGGGCUAACAAGGGAGUCUUAAGAGACCUUUCGAAGAUGCCAUGUCCAGCUAUUCAAGGUCCUCCACUAAAGCCAGUUGAACAGGGUGAAGGGGAAGCUAAUGAUUCAGAUGGUGCGACAGUAGCUGGAGAUAAUAAAAUAUCUUCUUCCAAUGGCGAUAAUUCAGCUUUAACUGCUGAAACAUGAAGCGGCAACCCUGAUUCAAUGUCGGGAAGUAUUGAUUGCGCAGAUUAACUUGUUUAAUCUGGAAUCGUUGCUUGCCAUUCAGCAUAAAUCUCCAGAAUCUUGUAUAAUAGCUUUUCGAGCUUUGUUUCAAACAACUGUACAUAUUUAUGUUUCAGCUGUUUCUGUCAUAUAUAAGAAUAGUGUUUGAAACACCAGAACGCAUAUGCUUCAGGGUUUAGGAUCAAUCGUGAAAAUUUAAUGCGAGUUUGUUUCUCUUCUGAUUCCAGCUGAAGAUAAUUUGUAAUGUUUUAGUACUUGCAAAAUUGAUUUAGCUACGCUAGUUAGUAA